CCCCCUGCUCCCGAGCGCACGGCACGGCUCGCUGUUCCCGCACCCGGAGAGCAUGGGGAAGCUGGUGGCGCUGACCCUGCUGGGGGCCAGCCUGGCCUUAAUCGGGGAGAGGUUCCUGGCGCUUAGAGAAAGAAUGAAUGCUUCUCGAGAAGUGGAGUCAGUAGAACCCCAGAACUGCCAUCUUAUUGAGGGACUCGAAAAUGGCUCUGAAGAUAUUGAUAUACUUCCUAGUGGGCUGGCUUUUAUCUCCAGUGGAUUAAAAUAUCCAGGCCUUCCAGACUUUGCACCAGAUGAGUCAGGAAAAAUCUUCUUGAUGGAUCUGAAUGAGCAAAACCCAAGGGCACAAGCACUAAAAAUCAGUGAUGGAUUUGACGAAGAAUUAUUUAAUCCACAUGGGAUCAGUAUUUUCAUCGACAAAGACUAUACUGUGUAUCUUUAUGUUGUGAAUCAUCCCCACAUGAAGUCCACUGUGGAGAUAUUUAAAUUUGAGGAACAAGAACGUUCUCUCACAUACCUGAAAACUAUAAAACACGAACUUUUAACAAGUGUGAAUGACAUUGUGGUUCUUGGACCAGAACAAUUCUAUGCCACCAGAGAUCACUAUUUUACCACCUUCUUCUUGAUACUUUUUGAGAUGAUUUUGGAUCUUCAGUGGAGUUCCGUUCUCUUCUACAGCCCAAGAGGGGUCAAAGUGGUGGCUGAAGGAUUUAGUUCUGCCAAUGGAAUCACAGUCUCACCAGACCAGAAGUAUGUCUAUGUGUCUGAUGUGGCAGCUAAAAAGAUUCACAUAAUGGAAAAACAUGACAACUGGGAUUUAACUCAGCUGAAGGUAAUACCGUUGAGCACCUUUUCGGAUAACUUAACUGUCGAUCCCGCCACGGGGGAUAUUUGGGCAGGAUGCCAUCCUAAUGCCAUAAAGCUGUUCUUCUAUAACCCUGAGGAUCCUCCAGGAUCAGAAGUACUCCGCAUCCAGAAUAUUUUCUCUGAGAAUCCCAGAGUGAGCACCGUGUAUGCUAAUAAUGGCUCCGUGCUUCAGGGCACCUCUGUGGCUUCUACGUACCGUGGGAAAAUUCUCAUAGGCACCGUAUUUCACAAAACUCUGCACUGUGAGCUCUAGACUCCAGAUGUUCCAAAAAGUCUGCAUGUUUGGUAAAAGUAAACUAGUAAUUGUGUGACAAGUGUAACUGUAAGUAAAUAAUAAACACCAACAAAAGUG